AACUUUUCAAAGUGGACUCGUCUGCUUGGGACUUCUGGGAGUACGGUACUGUACUGUUGCACACGGUAGUCGGACUCCGCUUGCAUGUCUGCAUAUUGUAGCGCGCUCUAGCCGCCUCCUUCCGCUCACUGGCGGAGUCUCCAGCCUUUUGUAAGGCAACUUAGGUUGUAGCAGCAGUGAAGAUGACGUCUGUAGCGCGGAUGGUUGCUCAGGGGCCGUACACCAUUGCCCCAGGUGCCAUCGAUGUCGGGCGUGGGUCGUCCUCUUGUCCAGCAGUGAGUCCGAUUGUGUGCCGUGAGGGAUAUCUGCAACGGCCCCGAGCCCGAUCGAGUAAGCCUCUUUCAGGUCUGCAAGGGGCUGGAAUUGUCAGCGAGCGGCACACGGCCUUCCUUGGGAGUGGUGGUCAGUGGCAGCGUUCGACAGCAGACUGCAGAUGCGGUUCUGCGAGAGUGCAAAUGAGUGAACCCAGCUUGUAUAAAGGGCUUAGCGCGCGGCUGAUCAAGACGUUUGGCAUGGCGGAGCUGGAGGCGCGCAAGCUCAAGUACGCCACCACCGGGACGGAGGCGCUCCUCAUGGGCAUGCUCACAGAGGGGACCAGCAAAGCCGCCAGGUUUCUGCGCACCAAGGGCGUCACGCUGUACGCCGUGAAGCAGGAGACGGUGAAGCUGCUGGGGAAGGGGGACAUGUACUACAACCCGCCCGAGCACCCGCCUGUCACGGAGCCCGGGAAAAAGGCGCUAGAAGCCGCGCACUCGUAUCGGAAGACUCUGUCAGGUGGAGAAGGGGAGGUGACGACGGAACACUUGCUGCUUGGAUUGCUUGAUCAGACGGCUGCUACGGCUGCGCAAGUCUUGAAAACCCUGGGAAUAGACGAUGCUGCCUACGAGGAGUUGAAGCAUCUGGCUGCUGGACAAGCGACCACCGUUGCAUAGAGUAUACAGGUUCGCAUUGCUGAACACGACACGACGUAAGGCAAUUCAAGCUGGGUGCAUAAGCAACAACACCAAACUCGUUUCAAGCAUGCAUGUAUCCUUUGAUUAUACGCACCACUUUAGAUGGCGCUGCAAUUGCGCAUUUGGAGCUACACCACUGUCAAACUCGAAGCCUCCAAGGCCGGGCAUGGCAGAAAAAGUUUUCGCGAAGUGCUUCCCAUGAGACUGAGAGUCUCCCAUGAUCUUGGCAAAAAACCGAUUAAUUGACCUUAGCGUUGCAUUUGAUGCUAUGAUUGGAAAAGUGCUAGUUGAAUCAAUGUGAUCAAGAAAUUUUCUGACAACAGUUUUAAGAUUUGAAACCUGGCUUAUACAUAUACUCUAGCACAAACUUGAAAGCGAGCGUGCAGUGCUGGCCGACUAGGGCCAUUUGACUCACACAUCCAAUUACUGACCUUACUGAUCUAUUACGUAUUCAAUUACC